AUGAGUGAUUUCAAGAACGCAAAGGAUGCGCUCAUCUCGAGUUUGUUUGAGCUAAGUAAGGCCUCUUCAGAAGCAGCCAACUCGGCCGUCAACUUUUACCGAGUCGUCACCGGCGGAGAAGAGGACGUCACCAGCGAACAGUUGCACGAUAUCCAGGAGGCAAUGAAAGCUGCCGUCAAGGCCACCUCGGGAGUCAAGCACGAGUUGGAGUCAGCCAACGGCAGCGGCAGCGGCAGUGCUGGUGCUGGUGCUGGUGCUGGUGCUGGUGGCGAAAAGACCAAGAAGAGAAAAGUCACCAAGGACCCCAAUGCGCCCAAAAAGCCAUUAACGAUGUUUUUCGCAUUUAGUUUCAACUUGCGCAAACAGAUUGGCGACGAGCGCAAAAAUAAGAACUUGCCCAAUUUGAGCGCCAUUGACAUGAACCAGAUGAUCAAGGACCGUUGGGACAAUAUCACUCCUCAGGAAAAGGAAAAGUGGAAACACAAGUACGACGAGGAGAUGAAGGAAUACCUUGUUGAAAAGGGCAAGUACGAGCAGAGCAAAAUCGACGGUACCGACUACAAGGCCCCACCUGCUCCAUAUGCCGACGGCCACAAGAGCCCCGAUGACAUGAAACCCAAAGUGACUGAAGUUGAUGACGAGGAAGAAGAGGAGGAUACUACUGCUGUUAUUGAAGAACCUAGUCGUGAGGAGAAGGAGAAAGAGAAGAAGAGAAAGAAGGAAAAGAAGGAAAAGAAGGAGAAGAAGAAGAAACUCAUUUCCAGCUCAUGA